UUCCAUCAUUUGUUGUCCUCUCUCUCUCUCUCUCUCUCUCUCUCUCUCUCUCUCUCUCUCUCUCUAUGAUAUCUUCACAUGGACAUGGGCUCCCUUUUAUGAAUUAUUUAAUCACUGUUUCUGUUAUAAAUCUCGUGCAGAAAAGAUUUAUACUGCCAUAUUUUGAAUGGCUUUGUUAAUUACAGAUUGAUAUGGAACACCCUCUGAGUUCUUCUCUGGAAAAAUCUCCGUCCUCUCCAGAGGAAAGCAGCAGCUGGACUGCUUGCUUUGAGUGCUUCUCAUCAAACACCAGCGAUGGAGAACACAGUGCAUGCUCCAGCUUCGGAAGCUCUUCUUGGGUCUCCGACUCCGCCUCCGCUGUUGCAUGGAGAACCUCCCACAGCAACGGCUUUGCCGCCACUCGCUCUUGCUCCACGGGCGGCCGCAGUGCUGGCUUGCCCAAGAGAAGUGCUUCCCAGAAGUUAAAAAACUUCAAGCAAACAAGGAGCAGAGACACUUCUUCCUAUGGUGAUUCUUUGGAGGAUACUGCAAGUUCACCGGUUUAUAGCCCUAAGAGGGAAGUGAAUCUUGGAAAGAUGGAUGACAACCUCAACAGAUAUUCACAGGGAAAUGGGGGUGAGUCCGGUGGCUAUUCAGAACCGCAGGCAGAUCUAGAUGAAGGAAAUAAAAUAAAUUUUGAAGGGAAAAAUAAUGAAUAUUGUCCGGUUCUAAAGAAGAAUAAAAGACCUGCCCUUGGUCGCUUUGUCCAUGUUAGUGAACCAUCUUGGUUAAUCUCAUAGUAAUAAUACAUACAGUAUUGUGAUAUGAUGUGAUCUUGAUUUGUGGAGAAGAAUGAAGAUAUGUGAUAAAUUUGAUAUCA